AUGGAUUGGGUUAAUAAUGCUAAAAAUUUGAAAAAUUAUGAUUGGUUUGAUCACGAGUUACCCUUAAAUAAAUUAGUUGUAAUCCCUAGUUUCCUCAGUACAGCGUUAGGCGCUGGGAUUGGAGCUAUUUGUUCCUUAAUUGUCAACUGUGCAUUAAUCGAAUUAUCAACUUCUUCCUUUUUUACCACAUAUUUCGGGGUUACUUUCCUAAUAAUUGGAGUUGUGAUUUUAUGGCGCGUUAACUCGUCGAAUACAAUGGAUGACAAGAGUCAAAAAACGAAUUUAAGGCGCUUUGGACUAAUGAUCAUUGUUUCUGGUGUUUUCUGCUUCUUUAUACGGAACACAUGGUUCACUUCGCUACCGACUGUUUUGAAGACCCUGGUAUACACCCUUCUGGGCGUAUCCAUAUCGUUCGCAUUGACCUUUACCAUUGUUGAUUUGAUUAACUACUUCAUGUCAAUGCUGGAGACUUCCGUGUCAAAGCCCUUAGUAGAAUCAAGGUCACAGGUGCACCUUAUAUUAUUCAUCGCAUUAACAAUGGGUGCAAUAUUUGGUUUCACUUUCGGGUUCUUGGACGUGGAGGACGAGGCAGCUUAUCAUGUACAACUAGCUCUAAUGAAAGAGGAAUCGUAUACGUAUCCAAUAGGCAUAGUGCUUGGAGGCCUGGCCGGGUUCGGCAACGAGUAUUUACGUCAGCAGGAAUCAUGGAGAUUCAAUAGAGAUAACGCCUACGAUGUAGAGAUUUAG